AUGCAGAGCUUAUUUCGCAGGCUCACGGUGGUCACACGCCACCAUUUCCAACGCCAACCAAACCUCUCUUUCAACUCUCACCGUAUCUCUCACACUCAUCUUCAACCUAACAUUACCGAAUCUUCCAAUCUAGCGCAUCACAUUCCCUCUUCCUCCGCCGUUCAUCAUUUUCACUCAUGGCGCUCCCUUCUCUCCCAUCCAACGAUCGUCCAACAGCUCUCAUCCGUCUCGCGCAACUAUCUCUCCACUCUAUUCUCCAAAACCCUCCUUGUUCGUAGUUUUCCCAGAGUUGAUUUUCAUCGACAGAACUUCAGCUUCAACCAAAAUUUUAACUCUUACCAGCAUCGUUGGAGAUCGUGGUUUAACAGGCUAACGCCAAAUGACGUUGUGCUGGGCUUGAUUGUAUCUAAUGUUGCUGUUUAUUUAUUUUGGAGGAUAGCAAAUCAAAAGUUUAUGCUGAAUAACUUUACUAUCUCCUUGGACAAUAUUAAGAGUGGACGCUUGCACACUUUGAUCACCAAUGCAUUCAGUCACGCAGAUACCUGGCAUUUAAUUUACAACAUGAUUGGACUCUACUUCUUUGGAGGGAAUAUUUUAAGUCAAUUUGGACCUGAAUUUCUGCUGAAGCUAUAUCUUGCUGGCGCAAUAGGUGGUUCUGUUUUCUAUCUGGCGCAUCAAGCCUACAAGGCUCAAACAUCUAAGGGCUGGGGAGCUAUCAACUCUUCAAGGGAAUUUGCAUUGGGAGCAAGUGGAGCUGUGAAUGCAGUUAUACUGCUGGACAUAUUCCUCAAUCCAAAAGGAACUUUAUACUUGAACUUUUUUAUACCAGUUCCUGCGGCAUUGCUGGGUAUCUUUUUGGUCGGGAAAGAUUUGCUGAAUAUAAUUGAGGGAGACAAUACGACAUCAGGGUCCGCACAUUUGGGGGGUGUUGCAGUUGCAGCCAUAGCAUGGGCAAGACUUCGGAAAGGAAGAUUCUAA